AUGGCCAGCCACAUGCCCACUGCCAGGGACCCCGCUUCCCCGAGCUCCGUGGCAGCACCAGCGCCGUCGGCCACCGACCAGAGGCCCCGGGCUCAGCCGAGGAAGCGAAAGGGCCACCGCGGCGGCAAGAAGAAGCGAUCCCGGAGGAAGAGCUUUGCCGCUCUUGCCGACGACAGCCAAGACGAGAUGCACCAGUCGCCCGCCGACGCCUUCUACAAGAUGCCCCCGGGCAAUCUCAGCGACACCAGCAUCGACAGCGAGGCAUUGCUCGAUCACAGAGAGCAGAGACCCAUGCGUUUCCGGAGAACCUCGACCGCCGCCGCCGCCGCCGCCAGCCCCUUCCACAACCCCUAUUCGACCCCGGCUGCCAGCCGCCUCCGAUCCAUGCAGACCCCCCACAGCGACGAGGACAGAGGCGAAUCUCAUCCCUGGGACGAGACCGUUCCGCUGCUACCCGAUGCUACAAAGCGUCGUGCAUCUCCGACCGGCCCUUCAAGCUACGGCGCGAGCGACACAAGGCCUGGUCGGAACUGGAGCCGGAGAGACUCCAGCAAGUCGUCGAGGACCAAGCUCGCUGCCGCCCUUGGCCCCAAAGACGCCUACGAUGUCAACCACCCACCAUCGGUCCCUGGCUCUCCUAACUUUGGCGCCACGGACCAUCCGGAAAUGACCUUUGGCGAUGUCAUGAUCAGAGACGAACUCUCCCUGGGUAGCGGCAGCCCUCGGCAUGUCAUUGACGGCGAUGAGGAUCGCGCCGCCACCGACGGCCCGCUUAGAGGUCCGGAUCACGGCCGCAGACUGACCGCCGCAUCGGCCGCCGAAUGCUAUACUGGCCAUGGACUCUCCGAGCUGGGCGAGGAAGACGCCCACUUGCGCGACCCCGACUUGCAUCAGUACAGGGCACGCCGACGCCGCAGUCAAUGGCCGGAUCUCUCCAUCCUGGAGGAAUGGAGGCGCUUCGAAAAGGAAGAUCAAAGCGAGGAGGGCAGGGUCAAGAAGAUUACGGAGCCGCAGCUCAUCAACGGUCGCCUUCGUCCGGUCCGCAAGGGCUGGUUCCAGACUGAUGAUGACGCACCCUACAGAUUCACCUACUUCAACGAAGAGUUCCAGAGCACCAUUCACAGUCCCACCAUCUCGGAGCUGGUCCAACCGGGCAGCGACUUCCGAGAGCUGUUCAUUCCUGACCCGAGGAUUCUCUCCGACGACGAGAGCGACGACGACGACGAGACUGUCUCGUUGCUUGCCAAGCCAACUACGACGGGCGGCGGCGACGGCGAGUCCAGGACGUCCACCCGCCAGCCCUCAGUUGCCGAGUCUCGCCGCGAUGUACUUGCCUCGCCGUCCCGGGAUGGUGUCGCCACCGGCGCCGGCGCCGGCGCUUCUGGGCGCGCAACGCCCAUAGGCAUAAAGUCGCCGGAAACCGGUGGGCGAAGGGAGGCGCGGUCCGACGAUCCGUAUGCGACGCCGACGCCGAAGCCGCCGCGGUUCGGGGACCGGCCGGUCUGGUGGCUCGACAUUGUUUGCCCGACCGAGGCGGAGAUGAAGGUCAUUUGCAAAGCCUUUGGCAUCCAUCCCCUCACUGCCGAAGACAUCAUGGUACAGGAGGCUCGAGAAAAGGUUGAGCUCUUCCGCCACUACUACUUUGUCAACUACCGCACCUUUGAUCAGGACAUCAACAGCGACAACUAUCUCGAACCCGUCAACAUGUACGUCGUCGUCUUCCGGGAAGGCGUGCUGAGCUUUCACUUCUCCAUGACGCCUCACCCAGCCAAUGUGCGCAGGCGAAUCCGGCAGCUGAGGGACUACCUCAUCCUGUCAUCCGACUGGAUAUCCUAUGCAAUCAUCGACGACAUUACCGAUGUCUUCCAGCCCUUGAUCCAGAACAUCGAGGACGAGGUCGAUGAGAUUGACGAGCAGAUCCUCCAGCUCCAUUCGUCGGCCGAGAAGCGCCUCAAAGACGAGACGCAACCGCAGAAGAACGACGACAACAACACGGCCAUUGUCGACUCGAGCGACAUGUUGCGACGUGUCGGAGACUGCAGGAAGCGGGUCAUGAGCUUGUAUCGCCUUCUCGGCAACAAGGCGGACGUCAUCAAGGGUUUUGCGAAACGAUGCAACGAGCGGUGGGAAGUUGCGCCAAGGUCCGAGAUAGGCCUUUAUCUCGGCGACAUCCAGGAUCAUAUUGUGACGAUGACUUCGAACCUCGGCCAUUAUGAAAAGAUCCUGGCGCGAUCCCACGGCAACUACCUUGCCCAGAUCAACAUCCGCAUGAACGAGCGACAGGAGCAGACUGCUGACGUGCUCGGCAAGCUCACGGUGCUGGGCACCAUUGUGCUGCCCAUGAACAUCAUCACCGGCCUGUGGGGCAUGAACGUCUGGGUCCCCGGCCAACAAUACGAGGGGGACCUGGCUUGGUUCGUGUGGAUCACGGCCGGCCUGGUCUGCUUUGGGCUGGCGUGCUACCUCAUUGCCAAGAGGGUGUACAAGAUUGUCUAG